UUUUGAGAUACUUCUAGAUAAUCAGCUGUCAUUCUACCAUAAUGGAUACUCGUGAAAUAGACAAUACGAACUGUCGCUGUCAAAAAUAAUGUAAGGUUAGGUUUAAUCAACGGGCUUCACGGUUGGUUAUGUUUGUUGUACUAAAGACAAAAAUCUGCCGAAAAGCCGGUUAAUUUAUAGUGAAUGUAAAUUUUUGUGGAAGAUUUUUCCUUGUAUUUAUAGAUGUUCACUCCCAAAUUUAAUCGAAAAGUGAAACAUUACAACACAAAGGAAUUUGCAAAAGAGCGGUAUGAUUUUUUGAAACAAUUGAUACAUGAGUAUACCACAACUGCUUCACAUGAAUGUAGGAAACAAACACUAGCGAACCUUGCAAACUUUGCAUAUGAUCCAAUAAAUUAUGAAUUCAUGAAACAAUUACAUUUGGUUGACCUUUUUAUCUCUGAGCUUUCAAAUGAUAAUUGUGAUUUAGUUCAUUUUGCUCUCUCUGGAAUUUGUAACAUAUCAUGUGAUCCAGAAAGCAGAGAGUACAUCAUCUGCAUGAAUGGUGUAAAUCGCAUUUCUGAACUUCUGCUCCAUAAACACGAAGACAUUGCUCUAAAUGCUUUGACAACACUGUACUAUCUCUUUGAAUCAAAGAAUGUAACAAUACCACAAGACAUUAAAAGAAAAGUUCAGCAGUAUGCAAUGAGCUGUAAUCCUCGUUAUAAGAACCUCGGUUCAAUUUUUUUGGAUACCUAUCGCCUUUUAGAACAAUGAACAUGGUCGGAAUUUCACAAAGAGCUUUUUCAAGGCUUAAGGUUGGACAAGUAGUCUCUAUAUCAAGAAAAAUAACUCAAAACGAUAUAGACACUUUCACGAAACUCAGUGGUGAUACAAAUCCAAUCCACUCGAGUGGCGGAAAGGAAACAGCUUUAGUUCACGGUGCCUUUUUGAACGCUUUGGUGUCUGCAGUUAUUGGAACAAAAUUGCCUGGUCCCGGAACCAUAGUUGUACAACAGACUUUGAACUUUCCCAACAAGUGCUAUGCAGAUGAAAGUGUAACAGUCAAGGUGAAAUUGGCUGAUCUCAGGAAAAUCAUAACAGUGGAUUUUAGUUGUGAAGUCGAAGAACAGAACAAGGUCGUGUUGCAUGGACAGGCCAAACUAAUACAUAAGUGAUGUGAUAUGUAUGUUUCAUAUAAAUUGUGAAUAGUUUGUAUUCAAAGUCGAAUAUUUGUUGAUACUUGCUAAUAAAGCUGAUAUACAUGUAAUUAGGAAGUUGAAAUAUAAGGAAGUCACGACAUUUUCUGUAUUAAGGUGCUGUAGCCGCGUCGAGGUUCGGUUGUGACGUCACCUGACAUAGUCUGAGGUUUGUCUGGAAAAUACGUAUAAAAAAUUCGGGGCGUUGUGGAGGGGUGGCCCAGUGGUUCCUCUCUCUAUGCAUUCCCCUCUAUGCUCAGUUUGAGCCGGAGCGCUCUGCGAGUAACUAGGGUUUACAGUAUCGGACAAAAGUAAAGCGACGCUAUAAUAUCCUUG